GUUACUGUGUAUGAGGCCUGAGAGUUCUGAGGUUAUUCUGUUCAUGUGUCUCUGUCCAUCGGCCGAUCAUGCUUCUGUCGCUGCGCUGUCUGCUUCUCGCUUCUGCUGUGCUCCUGUGCAGCGCUGCUCCCACGGACAAACAUGGGGGCUCGGAUACAAAUUGUCCUCUGACGGUGAAAAUCCUGGACGCAGUGAGAGGAACUCCAGCCGGAUCAGUGCCACUCGGGGUGUCUCGCAAGGCUGCUGAUGGGGGAUGGGCACUGAUCGCUCACGGAGAGACAGACGCCACAGGAGAGAUCCACAAUCUGAUCACAGAGGAGCAGUUCCCAGCAGGGGUGUAUCGUGUCGAGUUUGACACCAAGUCUUACUGGAAGAAUCAAGGGAGUGUGCCAUUCCAUGAAAUAGCUGAGGUGGUGUUUGAGGCCCAUGCUGAAGGUCACCGUCAUUAUACACUGGCCUUGCUCCUCAGUCCAUUCUCUUUCACCACCACAGCUGUGGUCACUGACACACACCAGUGAUACUGGUACACAUCGACCUGGUUAAGCUGUGUGAGGUGGGAACUCUGUGUGUGUGUGUGUGAAGGCCAGAAAACAUACCAACCACAGGAAGCGAGGAUAUUUUGUGAAAGUGAAGACGAUCCGGCUACUCCAUGAAAACCAACGAGGCGAUUAAACAGAUUAAAACAUAAAAUAAAAAGUUACUUAAAACAAAGGAGGUGGUGAAACUAAUUUAGUUGUAAUGGUUAGAAAGUUAGAAUAAGGGGCACAGAGUGAAAUGUUCCUUUAUUACCAUCAAUAAACUCAGUCUCACCAUCCUAUAGCACAAAAUGAGGAAAUAGUCCCCGAUAAAUUAGCUAUUAUGUGUGCUUUAUUGUGUCUUUUCAAAAUUCAAAUAGUGUAUUUGUGUUUUUAUUCACUGUUUUGAGUUAAACCACAGUAAUCACAUUACGACAAUACAAGGAAGGAGCUGUGAGAACAUGUGGUUGUGCAGACGUGACCUUUCGGUACAAACGUGUGUGGAAAUGUAAAUAAACAAAAAGAUAACCAGCAAAUCAAAGGACUUGUGGUCAAUAAUUGCACAACAAUGAACAAGAAAAUUCAAAGUUUACUGUCUCUGUUCUCUGUCAAAGAAUAAAAUACACUGAACAACAGGAAGUGUGACAUAUGGUAAAACUGAAUGGUUAACUGAAAACUCUGGGGGAGUGGACAAGAAUAAAAUGACAACAACAUUCUUUGUUUUCCACAUCAUUUAUUUGUUGAAAAUGCCGUUCAGAUAUUUGGUGAAUGUGAGUUUGUGUUGUGAUAUGAAAAAAAAGGACACUUUGUUUGACUCAAAACCAUCUUUAAUUUCUUCAGAAAGUAAAGACAAAAUGAAACAAAGGCACAAAUAAACACUGUAAAAUGGA